AGCUCUCAGUUAACAGUCAAUCAUUUUCUAGAACUAUUUUUCUCUACCACUUUGAGAGGGCAUUUCAGUCAUAACCUUGUGUUAUAGUUGGGUUUUGUUUAGCUUGGAAUGAAUAUCUCUUGAUUAUGUUUUCUAUUUUUCCAAUACCAGAUUUGAAUUACGCAAUUUCUAACAGUUGUCAUGCAGGAAUAGGAGAACUCGUGAUGUGAUGUGACAUUGCUAAUGAAAUGGGGACGUCUCUUGCCACCAAGCCAUCAAUUAAACUAACUCAACAGUAUGUGCCAAAAUCAUGGAGUUGCUGGGCCAGAACAAGGUGGACCAUCGUCAGAGGAAAGUUGCUAUCGUCAGCCAAGACAGUUUCUACAGAGUCUUGACACCUGACCAGAAGGCCAAGGCACUCAAGGGCCAUUACAACUUUGACCACCCAGAUGCUUUCGACAAAGAGUUGAUGUACCAAACCCUGAAGGAUAUUGUGGAGGGGAGUGUGGUGGAGGUGUCGACAUAUGACUUUGUCACGCAUUCCAGGCUGCAGGACAGGAUCACGGUGUACCCCGCUGAUGUGGUUCUGUUUGAGGGCAUUCUGGUAUUCUACUCUCAGGAAGUGAGGGACAUGUUUCACAUGGAGCUCUUUGUGGACACUGACUCUGAUGUCAGGCUGUCCCGCAGAGUUCUGCGGGACAUGAAGAGAGGCAGAGACCUGGAGCAGAUCCUUAACCAGUACACCACGUUUGUCAAGCCAGCCUUCGAGGAGUUCUGUUUGCCUACCAAGAAAUAUGCAGAUGUAAUUAUUCCUCGAGGAGUUGACAACAUGGUGGCCAUCAACCUCAACGUGCAGCACAUCCAGGACAUCCUGAAUGGGGACCUCUGUAAGUGGCACCGUGGAGGAGUGGUGAAUGGGCACAGCCGGGGCUUCAAGCGGGCCAUCUCGGAGCAGGGGGACCUGGAUAACGCCACCUCCAACCUCCCCCUAGGGAAGAGGGUCCUACUGGAGCCCAGCAGUCGCCCCCACUUUUAAAUGGAAGAUCAGUUCUUGUUCACAUCAUGUUUCUACAGUGACAGGCAUAGCAUGAUUUGUCAAUCAAGAUUUGGUUGGUGAGGUGAUCAGAACACUGGUACUCAGGGCCCGUAUCCACAAACCAUCUCAGAGUAGGAGUGCUGAUGGAUCAGUGCUGAUGGAUCAGUUUUGCCUUUUAGAUAAUGAAUAAGAUUAUAUGGAUAGUUUAUAAAGUUCAGACUGACUCUUCACCCUGACUCUUCUAAUAAACGGUAUCAUUAUUUUACUGUCAAUGAUCUGUAUGCAGGUGUGCUCAACCAGGUCAACAAAGAGGAUAUCCAAGGUAGCCUAUCAUAAAGGUGUUGUCCUAGUGACCUGCCCAGGAUGUGAAAAACACCACAUUAUUGCUGACAACUUGGGUUGGUUCUCUGACCUGAAGGGAAAGAGGAACAUUGAGGAAAUCCUUGCAGCGAAAGGGGAGAAAGUGAAGAGGGUAGAAGGAGAGGCGGUCUUCGAGAUUGUUGUAGACAAGUCCGGCAAGGAUUCAACACAGACUGCUCAAGAUGCAGAUGCAAAGAAACCUUCACCAGAGUCUGAUGACUCAGGGAAAUCAUGACUAACUCUCUUUUUAUUAUUAUUUUUUUUAUUUUUUUUUAUUUCACCUUUAUUUAACCAGGUAAGCCAGU